ACCAACAGUAAAUAUAAUAGCCUGAAUCAUUAUUUUUUUUUAUUAAUAACAAACCUUGAAAUCUAUCACUCUCUUUCAUUAACUCACUGCAUGUUUCUCACGUGACUGUCUUUUCCCAUCUUCUUGUUCUUGUUCUGACGACGAUAUCAUAAUUCAUAUUCCAAAUUCAUGAAGGAUAAUUAAUAAACUUGUGUUGAUUUAAUGUUAUUUAAAGUGUGUUGAAUUAUUUUAUUUUAGUUGCAGAGUUGAAAAAGACUAUUAGGCAAGAGAUGGAAAGACCAUAGAUUGCAACGACGAACAAUAGAUUCUGUAAAUGAUAAGAAUAAGUUUACAAAGAGCUAAACUUGAAGGACUAGAUUAGAUGUUGGACAUGCAAGGCAAGUAGCUAGGUUACCAUGGUCAAAAUAGUAUGAAUGUUGACUAUGCUUACGUUCCAGAGUUGUAGUUAGCUUACUAGUUAGAUGGGCUUUAUAAAGGCCCAUUAUGACUCAUUAAGCUAUUCACAGCCUUUUAAGCCCAGUUUGCUUAUUGUCGUCGUCGUCACUCGGAGACGACGAAGUUUCUCAACGCUUGAUGGCUUCGAAUCUUCAGAAAUGGCGAAACCUGUCAAGUCGUAUAGAUCUGAUCUCUCGGAGAGACGCUCUAUCGACGAGACGGCUCCUCCACGAAGGUCCCGACACCAUGGAGGAGCUCCUCGAUAGACACCUCGCGAAGAAAGAGAAACCACCGCUGAUCAACGACGACGAAGCCGAGUAUCUGAACAGGCGGCGUCUGACGAGCACGCGCCGCGAGGCGCUGAGUUUGUACCGGGACAUAUUGCGCGCGACUCGGUUCUACACGUGGACGGAUUCGAGGGGGGUCCUGUGGAGAGACGUGCUGAGAGAGAACGCUAGGAAGGAGUUCGAGGCGGCGCGAUUCGAGACGGAUCCGGAGAUUGUCACGAGGUUGCUGAUCGGUGGAAGCGACGCCGUUUCGUCUGCUUUGGAUAAGCUCGCGGAGAAGCAAAAGGAGAUGAUUGAGAGAAAAACACGUGGCGAACAACCGUGAAUCCGAGCUCUUGUUCGUUUUAUUUAUUUUGCCUAAUCAAAUUUAAACUGUGUGUUGUCUUGUUAAUUGGUGUUUGAUCAGUAUAAAACAAAUUAUUCAAGAGGGUCUCUUUGAUGAGUGAGGUAUGUCUGAACAAUUUAUAUGUAUACGAAAAACGAGACGGUGAAUCUAUAAAUCAUCGUUAUCUU